AUGGAUAACGAGAAUAUAAGCUGCGCCUACGACGGCGAGGAAAAUGCACAACUGUCACCACUGCAGCGUCUCCCGGUCGAGAUAUUCCUGCAUAUUUGUUCCUUUCUAGAUGGGUCGACGUUGGUACACGGUUUGAGGUUAGUGUGCACACGGUUCUACCUGAUUUUAAAAGAUGCAAACUCAUUGUGGAAAGCACGAAUUAACCAUAUAUGGCCAGAUGCUAGCUAUCCACUUUUGCCUCUCGCGAGACCCGACAAACUGUGUUGGAUGUUGUCAUACGUUGCAAUCAAACAACAAACAGCACUGUGGAAACAGCAAAAGAAUAGAUUGUUCAUGAAGGAAACACAUGGUUCCAUUAUAGAUGCUGUGUCACUGAUGCAUGUAAAUGGAAUCUCUCAUGUAGUUUAUACGUCAAACAGACACUUACAUUACAAGGAAAUUCCCUCACGCAAGAAAUUAUCUCAUGAAAUCGAGAAUUCCGGCCGCAUAUGCGCACAUAGCUCAGGUAUCAAGGAUAUGACGGCGAUAGACAACACGAUCUACAGCUGCAGCAGCUUGGGUAGGAACGUUAAGUCGUGGAUGCUCACUAACGCCGGUCUUGUCCAUCAGAGAACUUACGAUUUACCGAGGAGCGAUCUCAGAUUCUCGUCAUUAUGGCCAUCAUGUAUGUGUAUGUGUAUGUCAUCGACGUCAUUGGGUCCGGGGAGAAACCUCUUUGCAACCGGUUUAGACUGCGGGACUAUAUACGUGUUCGACUCGAGAUCGAGAAAUAACCCGAUCAGGCAUUACCAACAUCGCACCCUAUUCACAGUCCAGAAUAUUAGGCUGACCAUGAACACGGAAUACAUCCUGUCCGCCGCCGAGGACACGGUAUCCGUUUGGGAUCAAAGAGCCGGACGGAUCAUGAAGUCUAUCACAUUUCCAGGUGAAGCGCACCGCACCGCGUGUAUAAAUAUGCGACGGGAUUUGGUUUUCGUUGCAACAACACCUCGAAGUUGGGACUCCUCGCAGUUGCACGUGCUAAAUCCAAAGGACGAUUUCAAGCUAGUGAAAUCUUAUUCCACCGAGCAUACGAAAAGAAUAACGAGAGUGCAUCUGACUCACGAAUGCCUAAUAACAAGUUCUAAGGACGGCACUGUCAGAAUUUCGAGCCUUACGGAUCCGCCAAAGCCCAUCGCUACUUUAUGUUCAGAGUUUGGAGGUAUCUACGACAUGGACUAUCUGAAUGGCACUCUCGCAAUAUCUGGUGAUGGUAUCGAGGUAUGGUGCCCGAAGUUGACGUGUUCAACGAAACGUGUUCAACGAAACAACAAUAAAUGGAAAGUUUCUAUACGUGAUCUAUAGCUAUUCUACAGCUGUAUUUUUUUUAUAUGUGAUGUAUGUUUUUAGUUUUUACUAAUUGUAAGGUACUAUUCAAACACGUCUC